CUGCUCUCGGCAUGGCGGCGGCGGGCGGCGGCAGGAGCUGCUUCGUGCUGGGCGCCUCCGGGGAGACGGGCCGGGUGCUGCUGCGGGAGCUGCUGGCCCGGCGGGCCUUCGCCCGGGUCACGCUGAUCGGGCGGCGCCGGCUGAGCCUGGGCGAGGCGGAGGGGGCCGUGGAGCAGGCGGUGGUGGACUUCGAGCGGCUGGGCGAGCACGCCGCCGCCUUCCAGGGGCACGACGUGGGCUUCUGCUGCCUGGGCACUACCAGGGCCAGGGCUGGCGCAGAUGGCUUUGUCCGUGUGGAUCGGGACUACGUGGCGCAGGCAGCAGAGCUGGCGCGGGCAGGGGGCUGCAAACACUUUAUCCUGCAGUCCUCGCGGGGGGCAAACGCACAGAGCCGCUUCCUCUACCUCCGCGUGAAGGGAGAAGUGGAAAACCUGGUCCAGGCUGUUGGUUUUGAUCGCUGUACCAUUCUCCGGCCAGCGGUGCUGCUGUGCAGGCGCCAGGAGUCCCGGCCCAUGGAGUGGAUAGCCCAGCAGUUCUUGGGCGCUGUGGCUCGGCUGUUCCCCACCGCUUACUCAGUGCCUGUGGAAAUGGUGGCCAGGGCUAUGGUGGCCUGUGCACUGCAGCCAGGAGAGAGGAAGGUAGAGGUGCUGGAGAACGGGGCCAUCCAUGAGCUAGGAAAGGAAGUGCCACAGCAGGGCACAUAGAGCAGCAGGGAUGACACGCAGGAGCUUGGUUCACUCUUCAGAUGCUCUCUGGGCUGAGGAUGAACGCACGCAUGGGAGAGGUGUGGGGUGCUUGCAUGGCUAGCAUGGAGCCAGAGGUACAUCCACUUCUUUGCACUUUGGCUGAUUCUGUCAAGGGAUCAAAAAUGCAGGUGCUGGCUGCUGGGUGGGGAUGAACAAUGUGCUCUGCUGCCUGGAUCCAUAAUAUGAAUACGGGUAAAGAUGAUGUAAUCCAGGCCUUGAAUAAAACCCUGUGAC